GGCGCCGGCAGCUGAGAGCUGGGCUGGUUCCUGGGCGGGCGGGCGUCCAGGACCCGCUUCUGAGGUCCCGAGCGCGGGGUGACGAGCGCCCCCUGGCCGGCACCGCCUGCGGGCGCACCCACCGCGCCGGCACCGCCAGUGCCCGCGCCACCGCCGGACAGCUGCGCUCGGACCCGGCAGCUCACCCAGCAGGAGCCACUAUGUCACCAUUUCUUCGAAUUGGUUUGUCCAACUUUGACUGCGGGUCCUGCCAGCCAUGUCAAGGAGAGGCCGUUAACCCUUACUGCGCUGUGCUGGUCAAGGAAUAUGUUGAAUCAGAGAAUGGGCAGAUGUACAUCCAGAAAAAGCCAACCAUGUACCCACCCUGGGACAGCACUUUUGACGCCCAUAUCAACAAGGGAAGAGUAAUGCAGAUCAUCGUGAAGGGCAAAAAUGUGGACCUAAUAUCUGAAACUACUGUCGAGCUCUACUCCUUGGCUGAGAGAUGCAGGAAGAACAACGGGAGGACAGAAAUAUGGUUAGAGCUGAAACCUCAAGGCCGAAUGCUAAUGAACGCAAGAUACUUCUUGGAAAUGAGUGACACAAAGGACAUGAGUGAAUUUGAGACUGAAGGCUUCUUUGCUUUGCAUCACCGUCGAGGAGCCAUCAAACAGGCCAAAGUCCAUCAUGUCAAGUGCCAUGAGUUCACCGCCACCUUUUUCCCACAACCCACGUUUUGCUCCGUCUGCCAUGAGUUUGUCUGGGGUCUGAACAAACAGGGCUACCAGUGUCGACAAUGUAAUGCAGCAAUUCACAAGAAGUGUAUUGAUAAAGUUAUAGCCAAGUGCACAGGAUCAGCUGUCAAUAGCCGAGAAACCAUGUUCCACAAGGAGAGGUUCAAAAUUGACAUGCCGCAUAGAUUUAAAGUCUACAAUUACAAAAGCCCGACGUUCUGUGAGCACUGCGGGACCCUGCUGUGGGGCCUGGCCAGGCAAGGGCUGAAGUGUGACGCAUGUGGCAUGAACGUGCAUCACCGAUGCCAGACAAAGGUGGCCAACCUAUGUGGCAUAAACCAGAAGCUGAUGGCCGAAGCACUGGCAAUGAUUGAGAGCACCCAACAGGCUCGCUGCUUAAGAGAUACUGAACACAUCUACAGAGAAGGUCCAGUUGAAAUUGGUCCCCCAUGCUCCAUAAAAGGUGAAGCAAGGCUGCCCUAUGUACUGGCAUCAGGGAAACGAGAGCCUCAGGGAAUCUCCUGGGAGUCUCCCUUGGAUGAGAUGGAGAAGAUAUGCCAUCAUCCAGAACCUGAGCCAAACGUAGAAAGACCAUCUCUACAUAUGAAGUUAAAAAUCGAGGAUUUUAUCUUGCACAAAAUGUUGGGGAAAGGAAGUUUUGGCAAGGUCUUUCUAGCAGAGUUCAAGAACACCAAUCAAUUUUUUGCAAUCAAAGCCCUAAAGAAAGACGUGGUUUUGAUGGACGACGAUGUUGAGUGUACAAUGGUAGAGAAGAGAGUUCUCUCCUUGGCCUGGGAGCAUCCAUUCCUAACGCACAUGUUCUGUACGUUCCAGACCAAGGAAAACCUCUUUUUUGUGAUGGAAUUUCUCAAUGGAGGAGACUUGAUGUACCACAUCCAGAGCUGCCACAAGUUUGACCUUCCCAGAGCCACGUUUUAUGCUGCUGAAAUCAUUCUUGGCCUGCAGUUCCUCCAUUCCAAAGGCAUUGUCUAUAGGGAUCUGAAGCUAGAUAAUAUCCUGCUAGACAAAGAUGGGCAUAUCAAGAUCGCGGACUUCGGAAUGUGCAAGGAGAACAUGUUAGGAGAUGCCAAGACGAACACUUUCUGCGGGACCCCCGACUACAUCGCCCCGGAGAUCUUGCUGGGUCAGAAAUACAACCAUUCUGUUGACUGGUGGUCCUUUGGCGUCCUCCUCUAUGAAAUGCUAAUUGGUCAGUCACCUUUCCACGGGCAAGAUGAAGAAGAGCUCUUCCACUCCAUCCGCAUGGACAACCCCUUUUACCCCCGAUGGCUGGAGAGGGAGGCUAAGGAUCUUUUAGUGAAGCUUUUUGUGAGGGAACCUGAAAAGAGGCUGGGAGUGAGGGGAGACAUCCGCCAGCACCCUUUGUUUCGGGAGAUCAAUUGGGAAGAGCUUGAAAGAAAGGAGAUUGACCCACCGUUCAGGCCUAAAGUGAAAUCACCAUAUGACUGCAGCAAUUUUGACAAGGAAUUCUUAAAUGAGAAACCCCGGCUGUCAUUCGCGGACAGAGCACUGAUCAACAGUAUGGACCAGAACAUGUUCAGAAACUUUUCUUUCAUUAACCCGGGGAUGGAGACGCUGAUAUCCUGAAUCCCAUCUUCAGACACACGGAGGAAUUUGCCUUCUCUCUGGAACUGGUUCAAGUGACACUCCUUGGGUUCCUUUUCAACUUGGGAAAGAAAAGAAACACUCAACAACAAAAGCUGAGGCCUUUCAGCUCCCCACUGACUUUGCAUCUGUAGCAGAAACCAACUCAACUUCACUAAUGACACCACCUUUGGUUUCUCUGAUCUUCCACAGCUAUUCUUGAAGUUAGGUCAUGACUAACCAUAGUUAUUUACUUGAAAGAUGGUUCUUCGCACUGGGAAAUAUGUGAAAACUUAAUUCUGCUCUAAAUGAUGGCUCUUCACUUGUGCACCAACUGCUGAUCAAUGAAAUACUUGAUGACUCAAGGAGCAAAGUGAGAACAAAUGUCUCAAGACUAAAACAGCACGUUGCCUGGUGUAGUAAUGGAUUUCAUUCAGGUGCAGACAAGUAGUCACUAACCCAUUUUAUUCUAUGUACGCCUGUGGAAGUGUGUGAGUGGUAGGGGGGAAAGCCCUGAAUAAGUUUUUAUGGGAAUCCUUCACAAUAAACAUAGCUUGUAACUUGAGAUUUACAAAUCUAUCAUUCUGAUUAGCCAUGAAAUACACAGGAAAGAGGAAAAUGGAAAGUGGGAAGAGCUCAUAUCACUGAUAUGGAAGGUUUUAAUAGAACGCUUACUCUGGUGACCUUUUCAACAUAGAUAUUAAAUUUAUAGUCCAACAAAAAUAGAAUCAUGGUACUUCUGCCAAUAAAACCUUUCCAUACAUCCAUUCUUAGUUGAUUUCAGUACAGUGGCAGUCACUCAUUGCCAUCCUCACAUUUAUUAUAACAAGUAAAGAAAUGAAGUAUAUAAUUCUUCUAAGAGAAAAAAAGCAGUCCCUUAUACCAUUAUUGAUGAAUUGAUGACUGAUAAGUCUCUCUUUAAGCAUCACUCAAGAGACCCAUGCAUGCUAACUGUAGCAGUCAAUCUUGUUAAAUUACAUUACUAGCUAUACAUUUUUAAGUAUCUGUGCUGUUUGUAUAUUUUUGAUAAAAUGUUAUGACUUAAUGACAAAGAGGUGGAAAUGUAAACAUGGAAUAAAAGAAAGAGAGAUGCCUCUUAAUAGUUUCUCUACUGCCCCUGCAAAAACUUGGUUCUGUCAUGGCUAUCAUCAAGAUAUAGCUGGAAUUGAGUUGAUAUUUUAAAUUUGAGGAAUCAAUAAAAAUCCCAAAGUGGAGAAGAAACUCAGAUAACACUUACGUCAUUGGUAUUUUGUUCCUCUUUCCCUUCACCACAAGAUUCCUUGAAGGGCUGGUAAUCACGGUUGCCUCUACUCUCCAACCUCUCUCUCCUGACACUGCUUUCUUGAAGGAUUACCUUCUUGCCAGUCCUUGUGGAAUGUUCUAGGCCCUCAUCAACCUUUCUACAGCUUUUUAUACCAGGAAAGAGCCUCUCUUUUAUCUCAGCCCCUUGGACACUCUGACACAGCAUCUUCUUCCAUCCCCAUCAUCUUUGAUUACCUCGUUGGCAAGCCCCUUUUCCUUCCUGCCCCCAAAUCACUUCCAAUGCCCCCUCCCCUCCUUGCUUUCACUUCCCUUGGUUCUCUCCUUCCACCUCCUAUCUUAAGGCUCACUCAAUACAAUUAAUCUCAAAAUUCACAUCUCCAGCUCUAACCGCUCUGCUAGGCUUCAAAUAGGAUCCAUUAACUAUUCUAUGUUCUUACAACCUUUAUCUCUAAUGCAUUUCCUAUUUCUGUGAAUGGCACCAUCACAGGCCCAGUCAUCCAGGCUCAGAACCUUAGUCAUUACUGACUGGUUGACUGUCCCCUCUCUCAUUUUUUAAUGAAAUUAUUAUGAUUCUGCUUCUGCAAUCUCUCCAAAGUACAUUACUCAUCUCUACUUUCUUUCCUACUAAUCAUGCCUGGGUCAAAUCUCCCCAUCUUAAGUCUGUCUCUCCAUUUUAAUUCACAUAUACAACCUAUAUUAUAAACUUUUAGGUAAAAGUAACUUUUCCUCUACUCUCUUAUAUUAAAUUAAAUUAAACUGACAAAAGACAUAUUAGCAAGAGAGGUAUGAUGUUAUUUACACAUCCAGUGCACAUACAGGUGGGAGUGCUCAGUGAUGAGUCACUCAACGGACUGGUUAGAAUUGAGGGCUGAAAUACCUAACUUAGCAUGAAAAAAGGAAAAGAAAAAUGCUACUAUGGGAAGAACAAAUAGGUUUAUUUAGGAAAUACAAAUGGGCUUUCAGAAGGACAAACAGGAGAUAAAGUUUUUGAUAAUGUUUGAAUGGUCUUUCCAUCUUCCUCAGGGCCAUAAAACUCCUUCAGAGACGGGAUUUACAGGAAGUUGGUUUACCCUUGGUCUCACUCCUGGGAACAGACCCACACCAAAGAAGGAAUUUGUGGUGGUCCUCGUUUCUCUGAAGUUUUGGCUUGUAGUCUGAUAAGAAAAAACCCAAGAAGUCCUUUUCCUGUAUCUAUUGAAUCUUAAAUGUCUUUAGCUUAAAAUAAUUAUUAUUUAUGAAAUAUAGAAAUGUUAUCUUCACAAAUCAAAGGUUUUAUUCCAUCACACUCAUGUUCAAAACCCUGUGUAAUCUUCACUGGCCAUAACCCAUUUAAGACCACCCAGACAACCUCUCCACCUUUACCUCUUAUUCCUACUUUUCACUCACCUGUGCUCCAGGCAAUCUGAAUUUCUUUUUUUUUUUUUUUUUCAAUCUGAAUUUCUUAGCACUGCCUGUCUACACCCAUUGUUUACCACCUCUGGGCCUCCCCAAGAUGCUAGUUUUUCUGCCUCUAAUGCCCAUCCCUACAUGUUCAAUGUCUUCCUAUCUCUCGAGAUCCAGUUCAGUUGAUGGGUCUGUCUUGAGGUAUCCCCCCUCUCCUCAUUGUUCCCCCACCUGAGUUGGUGUAUCUCCUCACUUCUCUAAAGUCCCAUCUUAUUGUAUUUCUCUGUGCUUUUCUUGUGGCACUCACCAUUUUCUAUCCAGUUGUAAAAGAGUAUGCUUUGACUCUCUUUGUAGGCUGUAUCCCCUGAGGCAGGAUACCUGUACAAUUCGUCUUCAUAUUUCCCACAAUUCUUCUGUAUAUUAGUGCUUAAGAGAAUUUGGGGAAAGUAAGUCAAUAAAUGAGUGCACUGUGUAGUGUUUGAAUGGUGGUCCCGCACAAGAUAUGACCACCAGGCACCUGUGAAUGGGACCUUAUUUGGAAAAAAGGUCUGUGAAGAUGUCAUAAAGUUAGAGUUGAUCCUAAAGACAGCCUGAAUAAAAACAAUUCUAAUAUUCUAUAUAAAGGGCAUACUCUUGUGCUUCCUUCUAAAACAUUGUAAUAAGAGGCCAGAAAACCAUUCAGGCAACCUGUUAUUCAUUAGACAAAUUUUUGCUCUCCAAUCAGAAAAUCACUCAAUAAAUAUUUAAUGUGCACCUAUGUACUGGAAGUACCUGGCUUGUCUUCAGGAUCUCCCAAAGAACUCUGCAAAUUUUCCUCUCUCCUCCCUAGUCCACGUAAGAGGAGUGCUACUCAAAACACCAGCCAAAGUUUGACAACUGCAGUUGACAGAAACAUGAUGAUUUUAUCCACAUGUUUCUCUCCACACACUAAGAACAUUUUUCUUAAGUUAUGUCAGUGUUCCUUGAGCAGGUCCCUUGAGCUGCCUUUAGGAUUAAUCUUGCUGUUUCCAUCUACUGUCUUCAAGGCAAGGUGGUGGAUUUGUCUGAGUCAGAAUUAGCUGGUCUUGUCCUAGUGACAACCUCCCACUGCACACAUGGGACUUGGCCUUCAGCGGACAGUAAGCAAACCAAUGGACUAGGGGAAGCCCAUGUAGUAACAGAAGAGCCCAUUAGAGCUAGAAGAUAGAAAAGCCCAUUAGAGCUAGCUUUCCAGUGCUGCAAAUAUUUGGAUAAAGUGUUUGAAUGUCAUUUCCAUAGUCACAGUGGAGCCACUGAAAUUAUGCCAAUAAAGCAAACAAAGAGAACCCCAAACAAGAGGAACCCAAAGAGGACCACACCAAGACACAUCAUAAUUAAAAUGCCAAGGGCAAAAGACAAAGAAUCUUAACAGCAGCAAGAGAAAAGCAGUUAGUUACCUACAAGAGAGUGCCCAUACGACUGUCAGCUGAUUUCUCAACAGAAACUACUAGUAUGCAGGCCAGAAGAGAGUGGCAAGAAAUAUUCAAAGUGAUGAAUAGCAAGAACCUACAACCAAGAUUACUCUACCCAGCAAAGCUUUCAUUUAGAAUUGAAGGUCAGAUAGAGAGCUUCACAGAUAAGAACAAGCUAAAGAAGUUCAUCACCACCAAACCAGUAUUAUAUGAAAUGCUGAAGGGUAUUCUUUAAGAAGAGGAAGAAGAAGAAAAAGGUAAAA